UAUUAGACGUUUUAGACUUGAAAACCCAUUCUGGGUGACAUCCCAGUGCUGUUCAUCCGGUCCGAGGCUAACGGCAGGUAUAUACCAUAAUAAUAAGGAUUUAAAUACAACUACAGCUUGUUUCACAACAUAUAAGAGUUUGAUAAAAGAAGAAGAAAAUGCACAGAUGACUGGAUCUAACCCUAAAUCCAGUAACAUAAUGAUCACAGAAAUCGUCAUUUUGCGCCAUCCUGUAUCCGUGUGCGUGCCCGUCAACCACAAAGUGACCCUUCGAGUCCGUGCUGAGGGCAAAGGGUUCCUCAGCUAUCAAUGGUUCACUGAAGAUGAGGAGGUGCCUGGUGGUACUCAAGCAGACCUGACCAUCAGAGCCUCUAAAACCCAGCUAUAUGUGUGCCGAGUGAAUGACCACUUUCAGAACUACGUCUUUAGUGAAUGGGUGAAGGUGAAGGUGCUGGACAUUGAUAAAUCAGGUUUGCCAGUUGAUUGGCAGGGCGAGCCACACAUUGCUAUAAAUCCCAAACCACAGGCAGUACAACCGGGAGCGAAACUCAGUCUUCGCUGCGCUGCCUUUGGCAUCCCCGUUCCUUACUACCAGUGGUACAGAAACGGACAGCCCCUGCUCGACAAAACCAGUGAUACGCUGGAGAUUGACGGCGUAACAUCAGAACAUGGGGGAUCCUAUUUGUGUUCGGUAUCUAACGUCUUGGCAGAGAGAUGGACGGAGGCGGUCGAUGUCGAUAUUGUGCAACCUGACCAGCCUCCUCCUGCUGCGCUAACAGCCACUGAUAAGGUUGCCCUUCUUAUUGGCAACUUGAAUUACCGCCACCACUAUGGUUUGAUGGCCCCCGUCAUGGACGUCCACGAGCUGGCCAACCUGCUGCAGCAGCUGGGCUUCAGAGUUGUCUCCCUGCUGGAUCUCACCAGGGAGGAGAUGAUGGCUGCCAUCGAAAACUUUAUUCAGCUCCUUGACAGGGGGGUUUAUGGGCUUUUCUACUACGCUGGUCAUGGUUAUGAGCAUGCUGGAAGGAAUUACUUGGUUGCAGUUGAUGCUCCACAGCCAUACCAAACCAAAAACUGUGUCUGUGUGCAGCGGGUUAUGCUUCAAAUGCAGGAAAGACGGACUGCAAUAAGUGUAAUCCUACUGGAUACCUGUAGGAAAUGGUACAACCAGGCUUGCAUCCCAUCAGUCAUUAAGCCACUGGGACCAAACGGGAACACAGUAUAUGGUUAUGCCACGUGUGAGGAUGCUGAGGCGUAUGAGGUACAGGAUGGGGGCAAGAGCACCGGCAUCUUCACAAAGUACCUGAACAAGCACAUCCUCGAAGCGGAGAAGGUCACACACGUCUUAGAGCGAGUAUCUGAGGAUGUUGGUAAAGACCCUCUAGUAACUGGGAAACAGGCAGUGGAGAUAAAACACACCAUGAAAGAACCACGAUCGCUCACGGACAAAGUUCGAACUACAGGUCACACAAAGGAGCUUCGCCUACGCGAUAUCUGCUGGAGACAAGCAAAUGAGCUGCCACGAAAGAAGCAGUUGACGUUUCCAUGUGGUGUGGAGGUGGAAGUCAGCUUCUCAGCUUUGUUCUCUAAUGUACUGGUGGCUUUUGCAACUGUAAAAACUACACCUGCCCAAACUCAGGACUGUACCGUUAUGCUAAGAAGCAAUCCUUCUAUGGAAGACAUAUUCUCCAGGCCUGGUUGCUCUGAGGAUAUGGACUCACUACUAUUUAAUGAAACGCAAAACUCUGACUGCACUCUAAGACUUUGCUCUCUCCAGAGAUUGAAGGGAUCGGUAGUAAUCAAGGUGGAUUUACACUAUACUCAAAAGGACAGUAAUCUGCGGCGUACUGAGAGCCUGCAGGUGGACAUUGGAAUGCCUCUGGUGGCAUCCUGUAAUGUGUACAGAGAGAACCGUGCAGCAAAAGACAAAAAAACUGAAGGUGCUACCGCUCAAAGCAUGAGCAACUUUUCACACAGGAAAUCACAACAGCAUCAGACUCUGGCGGCUCCACAUCGACAUUUCACCAGAAAGGCCGAAUGCGCUGCUAAAAAAGCAACUACACACUGCAACGAACCUGAAGAGAACGAUGAGACUGAGGCGCAAGAUUUCCGACCUUAUAAGUAAAAGGAAAAGGGACUUAAUUAUUUAUUUCUGUUUGUUUUUACAGCAUUUGAUUAUGCACCUUGUCUUUGAUUGAUGAUAAUAGGUGGAUUGAGAAGACUGAUACUCUGCUUAUGUUAUUUUUCAUUAAAAAAAGUAAAUGAAAAAAUACGUAAACAUUGUGUAGAAUUAAAACUGUGGUAUACUUUUAAUGUUUUUUUUAUGUGAAUAACACUUUUCAGUGGCAAGCUGGCUGGCCUAUUGAAGACAUUACUUUAAUAAUUUAUCUAAUCAACAGAACUACUUUCUUCUCUGUAUUGUCAAGCUUUCAAACAUAUGUGAUAUAAAGCUUUGUUUAAAAAUAAAA